AUGCCUUAUGAUUCUUUUGGGUUCAACAACCACCACAUUGCUGCCAAUUACUCCGGUUUUGUUGCCUCGCUUAUCCCAGAUUUUCCAAGAUCGUCGUCACCAUGUCUUCGAACAGCUGCAAAUCUUUCUCUAGCUAGAAUUGAUUUUAGUAGUAAUGGGAAACCAUAUAUUGAGAAAUUUAAUACUAUUGUUCGAAUGAUAUGGACUCUCGAGAAUUCGAAAUCAGAGAUCCCAAAUCUGAUGGAAAAAAAGCAAUUGGAUUUUAAUCAGCCGCUUCUAUCAGUGAGGAGGGUCUCCUCAACAGCAUCCACCAAAGAGGCCAAAAUCAAAAGGAAAACUGAUAAAGCUCUCCCCAAAAUACCUCCACUUCCUGUCUACAAAUCAGAAUUGAAAUCAGGUCCAGUGAGGAACCCUGGAACUGUUCCCUUUGUAUGGGAGCGAAGCCCAGGAAGACCCAAGGAUGAAAGCAAACCACAAACUCGGGCUCUUCAACGACCUCCUAUUGCCCCAAAGCUUCCGCCUGGCAGGAUUUUGAAUGCUCAACAGCAAGCUUCAGAUAAAGGUUAUGAAGGCGCCAAGCAAGCUGAUCGGCCCCAAAGAAGAAAUGGCCUUUCCCGUUCUCAAAAUGAAACUAGAGAAGAAAUUUCCAAGGAGGAAAUAGAGGACGGAUCGAGUUCUGGUUCAGAAGGUAGAGACGAAGCCUAUGUGGAUGCACUUGAUACCCUGUCGCGAAGUGAUUCGUUCUUCUUGAACUGCAGUAUCACUGGUGUGAGUGGCUUGGAUGGCCCGGAUUUGAAACCUUCUGGAGCUUUCUUGAAAGAUCAGCAGAGUCGAGAUUUCAUGAUGGGUCGUUUCUUGCCUGCAGCGAAGGCAAUGGUUUCAGAGACUCCUCAAUGUUUUACUAGGAAGCAACCUGUUGUGCGAGAGCUACCGAGACAAAGAGCCAAGGCGGCAAGUGUACAAAGGCGUCCACUAAAUCGAUAUAGUCCAAACAAUAUACCAAAUUAUGCUCAAGCUCAUGGAGUGGAAGAAAGUGAAGAUGAGGAUAAUGACUACGAUAGAUCUGAUGAUCCAUCACUUAAACUUUGUGGGUGGUUACCUCAGCAAUGCCUACAGAAUUCCCUUUGCCUUUUGAACCCUGUACCAGGGAUGAGAAAGCGGGGCCAGGUGCCCAUUUCUUCAGUCCGUACAACAAAGUUUGGAUCUUCAAAUGCUGCUUCUCGUAAUGGCACUGCACAAGAGGGUAAAGGGGCAUCACCCAACAGCAGUCAAUUUCCUCAAUCAGUCCAUGAAGAACAAAGAUGCAUUGAGAUUCCUGAUAAAUGUAGGGAUUCUGGGGCAAGUGGCUUUAUUCAAUGUGCAAAAGGCAGCACAAUUUUUAAAGAAUUAUUGGCCAAUGAGAGCAGAGAAUGGGAAUCAGUCUCUGGAAGUUCUGUGGCGGAGAAAACUCUGUACAUAGAUUCUAUACAUAUGGUAAAACCUCGAAAUUCUAAUUCAAGUUUGUCAGACGUGAAAGGCUUAUCUGAAUACUCAAAGGAUGGUGUUGAGAUACUCGGAAAGAAUAGAGAAAUUGAAGAAACUGAUUAUGUGGAUUCUUCACUUCUGGAUUCCAUGCACUUGAGUGCUGUGGGCGAGAAGACUAAAUUGCGACCUGAUAGCAUGGAGUCUUUUGAUUCUUGUUUUCUAUCGUUAUCCGACAAAUCCAUUCAUGAUGUGCAAAUGGAUGUGAUGGAUGGUUCCAAACAGGAUGAAGACAUCAUGCAGGCUUCUAUCACAUUGGCCUGCCCAAAAGUGGAUAAAGAUGGGAAGAUUGACUUAGAAAGCCCAUUGAAUAAAAAAUCAGGUGACUUAGAAAGUUCUCGUGGCUUUAUUGAAGAUUCAAGCGGAGAAGUGGCUGGUGAUGGCAAGGUUGAUUUAGAAAGCCAACUCUGUAGAAGGUUAAGCGAUGAAGAGAGUCCUAUUGGUUACUCUACACAACUACUUCUUCCCCCACCUUUGCCAAAAUCUCCAUCAGACUCUUGGCUAACGCGUACUCUGCCUAUUGUUUCCUCAAGGAAUUCAUCUUCAAGGUCCCCCCUUGGUAUGCAUUUACAUUCUAGAGUCCAAGCUUCCAAAACACACUCCGUUGACCCGAAGUGGGAAACAAUUGUUCGGACUACUAAUGUACAGCAUGGGCAUUUGCGAUUUUCUGAGGAAUUGCUUACACCGAUACCAGAAGCCUAG